AUGCUAUACAAGCAGGAAGCCCGUUAUGAAAACGCUCGUACAUUUUUGCAAAACAUCAAAGUCAUCAUGGCCAAGUUGAAAAUCUGUGAUUGGAGUUCUUUAAAUGAAAGCUUAAUUCAGAUACGUAUUUCAAUGCUUAGGAGAGUACUCCAAACAGCAGUGUCUCUGGGAAUAGAGCAAAAAGAACCGUUAGUGAAUCGAGAUACAGGUCUCGAAAUCAAUGACAUCACACCUAAGAUAUCCGAAAUUUUUGAUGGUUAUAAUCGAUCUAACGUACUUCCUGCUGACUCGGAUACACUACUUUUUGAAGAAAAACCCAACUUUCUUCGUCUUUCCGGAGAUUUGAGGGCAUACUUUGAAGAACACAUUCAAUCUCGCGAGGAUGCUACGGAAGAUUCCGAAUUGUUUGCAAAUUUAGAAAGAUACUUCAAAUAUAUAGUUGAAAGAAGAAUCUUUCGCGUGCAAGAAUGGUUUGCGCAAAAUACCAUCAAGUUCCCACAGGAUAAUAGUGGUGUUGCUAUUGGACGUUAUGUAUUGGAACAGGAAAUCGAAAAGCUCUCUCUUUUCUGGACAUUAUGCGGACUCACUUGCCACAAAUGUAACUUGAAAUGCUUGAAAAAUCGAGAUCAUGCUGAUGGACGACACGAUUGCUUAACUGACCACGAGUGCCAUGUCUUAUGUCAAUUUUCGGACGCUCAUAAAGACUCUAUUCCACAAUGCGGUCAUAAGGCUGCACAUUUUGGAAAACAUACCUGUGAUAAAGUUGUGAGAAUGAAAUGUGCCCGAUACCUUGCCCUAUUCCCGAUUGCCAAAGAAGAUGUCGAUCUGGCGACCACUUUCAUUCCAUAUCAGAGCUUCAUAAAUAAACAUCAUUGUCAAGAACAAUGCGAACAUCCUGGUGUAUGCAAGGUACUUACCGAGCCUAAAAAAAACGAACAAAAAUAUCAAGGAUUAAGCGGAACUUCGUCUAAAUUCAUCAAGUACACACAAGUCAGUGAAAAGUUGAAAUGCAGCAAGAAAAUUCCACCAAAUUCGUUCAAACACGAAGGGCCACACUGUCAUAAUGAGGACGGCGUUCAUUUCUGUGAUUCUCAGUGCACCUUACCAUAUGGUCACGUUCAAACUUUACAUGAAACCAGUCAUGGUAAUAUGAUUCAGGCUGAGUUUGCCACAGAAAACGAUGAGUUUGAGCAUGGUGGACAUAAGUUAGGAAUAAGAGAUCAGGGCAUAUUUGUUCUUUGCAAUUUUCAUUGCAAAGAGCUAGGUCGUCAUCGACAUAUUGAUUAUUACCAAAAUAAAGAGAACUGUAAAUUAAAUGAUAACCAGACGUCAGAUUUAAGGCAUAUUGAUGGUCUAGUUCAUCCUAACUCUGAUAAGCCGAAAGAUUUUCUUUCUCACCGUCUUUUCUGGGAACACCCAUACACUGUUCAGGAACAACAAGAAUUUUCUAAAUGUGAUCAUGAAUACCCAGAUGAAAAAUACAAAAAAUCAUCUGGUUUAUCAAGUGCUACACCUUCAAAGUCUUAUUGUGAAUCAAAACUUUUCCAUGAAUCAUUAGAUCCUUCUUUACCACCUCCUAAUGUUUGUGGAUAUGUUUCAUUGGGCGAACACCACUUCGAUUGCAAAAGCCCCGCUGCAUUUCACAUAAUUUUUGUCUUAGAUCGAUCUUUAUCAAUGUCCGACACCGAUAAAAAACCUCUGCAGGGUACUCCAAUUUAUAACAAUUUGGUUCUUACACAUAAUAAUCGACUCGGCGCAGUAUAUAAUGCGGUCUACUCUUUUUUGGAUACUCGCAUUUCGUCAUUCCGUUCAAGUCAGAAUUUCUCACAUAACUCUGCAACAACUCCACAAGAUUCAGUAUCAUUAAUAUUUUUUGAUCACGAGGCUAUUAUUGAAAGUGAAAAUCUACCUUUGGUUGAUCCUAGUCAUUUUUUGAAUGCGAUGCUUAAAUAUACUCCCAGAAAAGGCACAAACUAUUACCUUGCUAUUCAAAAGGCGGGAUUUAUCAUUGACAAACAUUUUGAUCCAACAAAGUACGCAACAAUUUAUGACAUUUGA